AUGUCCCUGCUCUCUACAGGAUCACUUGUGAAGGAUUUUUCAGGAAGUCUCAGCCCUGAGUCAACCAGAGGUUGUCAGCUUAGGAACACCAGCAUCGGAUCAAAAGCCAACUGUACUCAUCUAGAUCUCAAGUCUGUUCCUCAGGAUCUUCCAAGCAACACGGUAAUGCUUGAUCUCUCCUUCAACAAGAUCACAACCCUGUUCAACGGUUCUUUUGCCUAUCUUCCUGACAUCACUACCUUAGGGCUGGCAAGCAAUUUCCUCUCACAGAUCGAAAAUGGUACUUUCAACCCACUGAAGAACCUCAAGAUACUUUACCUGUCGCAGUCUUCUAUAACCGUUUUGAGCCGUGGUGUCUUUGACAGCCUGACUGCCCUCACGACAUUGGACCUUCGCAACAAUGAGAUCAAGAAGAUUCCUGAAUGUCUGCUUCAAACGCAAUACCAUCUUGCCGUUCUAUUUUUGAGCAACAAUGAACUUGAAACCAUUCCAAGGACACUAUUCAAUGAAACCACCUCUCUGCACAGUUUGUUCAUCCAGCAAAACAAAAUUGCUACCAUAGAACCACGUACGAUGUUCCCAACAAACACGACACUGAAAUUGGAUGCUUAUGGGAACCCCUUUUCCUGUACGUGCCACUUGAAUUGGUUCGUAAAGUGGCUCCGUUCUGGCAAGGUUGAACUCUUAAAUGUAGAGAAGACUUUCUGCUCGCUAACGUCCAUCAAAGAAGAAGUCAAUUUACCUUUACUUUCAUUCAAUCCUGACCAAUACUGUGGCACUGACAUUGUGAUGAUCACAUGUGUAUCCUUGUCAGUUGUUUUGGUCGUGGCGAUUUGCUUGGUGGCUUACAGGGAGCGAUGGUGGCUAAAUUACAAAUUCUUCCUCCUCAAGCUAGCUAUCUUUGGCUACGAGGAAAUCAACCAGGACUUUGACGCCCAGGACUACGAGUACCAGCUAAACAUCAUGUGCAAUGAAGGUGACGAGGAAUGGGUGGACCAGAUCAUGAAACCAAUACUGCAGGAGAGGUUUCCACAUCUGCAGAAAGUGGUCUUCGGCGACAACGACCUCAACAUCGGGAUGUUCUACAUCAGUGCUCUUCACUACGCCACCGAGAACAGCUUCAAGACUGUCUUGUUGAUAAGUUACAACUCCGUAGAUGAUGCCUGGUUCUUGACCAAGCUGCGCAUAGCCCUAGAGCACGUCAAUGAUACCAGACUGGACAAGGUAAUAUUGAUUUUCAUUGAGGACAUCCUGGAUGAGGACCUCCCGUACCUGGUUCGGUUAUUCCUGAGUAAGAACAAACCUUACAUGUUGUGGACGGACGAUGAAGAUGGCCAGGAACUCUUCUGGGCCCAGUUUGAGAAGAGCAUGAGAGCCAACAGGGCCCUCAACAGCGUUAUUCCCAUUUAA